AUGUAUUGGUGUCUACGGAAAAGGGGAACAGAGGAGAAGCUGGUAAGGCUAGUAGAAGCAACAUACAGGAAUGCUGCUACCAAGGCUGUAACACAACAAGGAGACACUGAUGAAUUUAAAAUUACAGUUGGAGUCCAUCAAGGUUCGGCACUAAACCCAUUCUUAUUCAUCAACAUCAUGGAUACCUUGCUAGAAGAUGUGAGAACCGCCAUACCCUGGGAACUACUAUUCACGCAUGACGUUGCAUUAAUCUCUAAUAGAGAAGAAGAACUACAGCAAAACAUUGAAAUUUGGCAGAAGUGUUGGACUGUCACCAAAAAAGAGGAAGCUUUACUAAGACGAACUGAGAUGAGAAUACUGAGACAUAUCCUCCAGAUCUCGUUAAAGGAUAAAAUGAGGGAUGAGGUAAUUCACAGCAGAUAUGGUAUCACAGAUAUAGUAGAGAAAGUCCAAGAGGCUAGACUGAGGUGA